AUGGAGAGUUGCCAGGCCAAGGACGCCUACAUUGGACAGCUUCACACAACCCUCCAGUCUGCUGUACCCAGUCGAGUGGCUGGAUUCAUUGCUGAACCCAUCCAGGGUGUCAAUGGGAUUGUGCAAUAUCCUAAAGGAUUUCUGAAGGAGGUCCAGGAGAUUAUUCGAGAAAGAGGAGGAUUAUACAUAUCUGAUGAGGUUCAAACUGGAUUCGGCCGCUUGGGGAGUCAUUAUUGGGGUUUCCAGGCACAUGGAGUGAAACCAGAUAUUGUCACCAUGGCAAAGGGAAUUGGCAACGGAUUUCCCAUGGGCGCUGUGGUUACCACACCUGAGAUUGCUGCCUCAUUGUCUGUGGCGAUGACCUUCAACACAUUCGGAGGGAACCCACUGGCUUGUGUGAUUGGAUCCACUGUCCUCGAGGUGAUCGAAGCAGACGGUUUGAUGGCAAAUUGUGAAACACUCGGAACACACUUACUGCUCGAGUUAGCGAAUCUGCGUGAUGAGUUUGAGAUCGUUGGUGAUGUGCGAGGGAAGGGACUGAUGGUCGGCGUCGAGAUGGUACAAGAUAAGGCAUCUCAGAAACCACUACCUGCACAAAAAAUGAAUCAGAUUUUCGAGGAUUGCAGAGAGAUGGGACUCCUCCUGGGUAUAGGCGGAAUGUAUGGUCAGACAUUCCGGAUGAAUCCUCCGAUGUGCAUCUCGCGCCAGGACAUUGAUUUUGCUGUAGCUGUGUUUCGAGUAGCAUUGCAGAGGCAAACCAGGGGGAGAUAG